CAAAUUUUAAUGAUGCCACAGGUUCCAACUAUUAAUCAAGUUUACGCAAUGGUGAACCAAGAUGAGAGUCAGAGGAUUGUGGCAGGAACAAGUAGAAUGAUGCAUAAACCUAUCAAUCCUACAGCUAUGUAUACUUCUAGGAAUGGUAGUGACAGUCACAAACAAAAGAGGGCUUAUGAUGGGCAUUCCUUUUGUGAUUUUUGUGAUAUGAAGGGACAUACCAGAGGAGAUUGCAAUAAGCUGAAGAAGUGUGACUUAUGUCAUAUGACUAGGUUCACAAGAGAUGAUGUCUUCAAACCAGCAUAUGGGAUAUUCUCAGCAGCAACAAGGAUAAAUGGGAUAUUCACAACAACAGCAAGAUUAAGGGAGAUUUCCUCAGUCUCAGUGUUGUCAUCAACAACAAUGCCCUAAACAUUAUCAACAGCAACAACAUCAGGGAAUGAUGACACAAAAUAUGUUCAACACAUCUAGCAGUAGAGAGGUUCCUGUUGGUGAUAAUGUUAGUGGAAGUGCUAAUA